AUGAAUCAAUUCAACUUACUACUUGUAUUUUGCCUUCUGGCUUUGACUGCUCUACCAGUUUUUUCUUAUCCUAGCAGUCUAUCUGAUCCAUCUAACUUGGGUAUUGAUGCUAUGGAAGUUUUUGAUAACGACGGAAUCGCUGGUGAAUCCCCUCGUGUAAAAAGAUAUGGCGGAUGGGGUGGACGUGGCGGAUGGGGACGCGGAGGAGGAUGGGGACGUGGCGGAGGAUGGGGACGCGGAUAUCGUGGAUGGGGAAAGUAA